AUUGAGUCAUUGGGCUUUACCUGAAGAAGAACUUACCUUGCUUGCUAUUGUCGGUAUAAAAGAUCCUUGUCAUGAUGGUGUCAGUGAUGCAGUGAAAACAUGCACGGCUGCCGGUGUUAAGGUACGCAUGGUUACAGGAGACAAUCUUCAAACAGCCAAGGCAAUUGCUUUGGAGUGUGGGAUACUUGAUUCGAUAGAAGAUGCUACUCAUCCUACACUCAUUGAAGGAAAGGAUUUCCGUGCAUUAUCUGAAAGGGAGAGGGAACAAAUUGCCAAGAAAAUAAUGGUAAUGGGAAGGUCUUCCCCAAAUGAUAAGCUUUUGCUUGUCCAAGCAUUACGGAAGGGAGGAGAAGUUGUUGUUGUAACUGGAGAUGGCACUAAUGAUGCUCCUACACUUCAUGAGGUUUGUUAUCUUUGUGCAAAAAGAAGUUUGCUGUAUUUUCUUAAUAGGAUAUUUGGUGCUUGUAUUUUCCAGGAUAUGAAAUGUCUUGAAAAUGUGCUAAAUUUAAUGGAAGAUUGAUAAUUAAUAUUCAUAACUCACAAAUAAUGCAUGUGUGGUUUUUUAACUUCAUCAUGGAUCAUUAACUCUGUCGAAUGCUAUAUUUGUAAUGUUGUAUCCCAAGUCUGCUUACUGCUUACAUCUUUUUAAAAUUAUACAUACAUGCAUAUAUAUAAACUUGUCAUAGGUUUGCACACUACAUUCUCAAUGUAUCAGAAAAAUUAUUACAAGUUAUUCAAUGGGUACAAACGUUAUCCACAUUCAAUAGACAUGUUGGAGUAAUGCACCUUAUCAAUUCUAUGUCCUGAUUUGUUUGGUGUUUCCUUGUGAAAAGGGAAAGAAAACAAAAAUUCUCUAGUGGCUGAACGUAUUGUAGUUUAUUUGUUGAAAUACUCCGUUUCUGCAUCAAAGUAGAUGACAAGAUAUUUUGUUACAGUACUUGCGAGUUGCGAUAAAUUUCUCCUGACCAUUCCACAGAGAAUUUGGUGGAUACUAUUUUUUGUUUCUUGUUUUGUACUAGAAUGUGAAAUUUUUGUUUACAUUAUUCUCAUGUUUCCUGGUAAUAGUUAAUUGCAUUUAUACCAAUUUUGUAUUUUAGGCAGAUAUUGGACUUUCUAUGGGCAUUCAAGGAACUGAAGUUGCAAAAGAAAGCUCAGAUAUCAGUUGAAGCGGCAUCUAUUUUUAUUUUU